AUUAAGCAAAACCUAACAGCAUCCCUUGAGGUUCAAGAUGGAGAGGAUUGAAAAAAGAAAAAUGGACAGGAUUAGUGCCCUACCGGACUCCCUCAUCGGCCACAUUCUGUCCUUCCUCCCCACCAAAACCGCCGUUUCCACCAGCCUCCUCUCUCGCAGGUGGCGCUACCUCUGGCAGCAUCUCCAAGACUUCAACUUCCAACUCGACCAAGACGACCAGGACCAGGACCAGGACGAGGGCGAGGGCGAGCAAUACCACUGGUCCUUCGUGCACUUUUCUGCUUUCGUAAACGGAGUUCUUGUGCAGCGUAGGAAUCGAGACAUCCGCAAGUUCCGUCUCUUAUCCAGCUACGCCGUUGAAGGCUCGUUCCAUGAACGUUCUCUGAAUUACUGGUUGCUUGCUGCCAUUGGACCUCAACUCCAGCACCUUGAUCUUUCUUUGUAUGUUGUGGGUCCAUACAACUUCAUGUGGUUUCCUUCUUCCAGCGUCCUACGUGGCAUCUUCAGUUGCACUUCUCUCAUUUCACUCACUUUGGAUGGUUUAAUAUGCGUCAAGAAUAUCUCGUCUGUUCAUUUGCCAGCCCUCAGGACCAUGAGACUCUCCAUCGGUGGAUCGUUUCCCAUGGACAAGAUUUUCUCUGGCUGCCCGCUCCUUGAAGAUCUUUAUCUCCAUUUUAACGUAAGAAACACGCCCAAGAUAAAUUUUCCUAAUUCCUUGAAGAGGCUGGAAGUUCAUGGUUGCAAGUUAUCUACACCUAGAGAAGUUGAAGUUGAAAUAGACGCUCCGGCACUUGAAUAUCUUACUUUCUUCUUAUUUAUUGGACUAAGCCAGUUUACUGUCAACAAUUUGCACAAUGUGAAAGUAGCAGAUCUUAAUCUCUGUCCUAGAGAAUGCCAGGGGGAAGACCAUCUCUAUUAUAUACAUAUGCUUCUAAAUGCACUCAACAGAGUAAAAAAGCUCCACCUGCGUAGUUCCACAAUAGAGGUUGGUUAUUCAAAUCUUAUUAAUAUUCUUGCGGAUUCGCAACUGUUAAUUGUAGCUUUAAUCCUAUGCUUGUCUUCCGCUUCAGGGCAUACUUGGUGCCCCAGCUUUUAA